UGUAAAUCACCAAAGCCUUAAUAUCGCCGAGGCUUGUUUUUCUAGUACGCAGCAGGCGCUCAACAGUGAUGGAUAGAUGUACGUAAGGAUGUAAGAAUAAAAAUGUGCGUCUUUAUCCAACGUUAAAGCAUAAGGAACGGAAAAGAAAGGAGUGGCAGGGCGAAAUGUCUACCAAUAACAACAUGAUGUCCAAGAAGAUCCGGACGGAGUACAUGAAGAAGUUCAGAGAUCCCAAGUGGGAGACGUUCUCGAAAUGUUACGAGGACUCUGUGAAAUACAGACUGACGCGGAGGCUGAUGGAGCAGACACACAGGCCCUUCUUCGUGGAUGGAUGGGACAGCGGGUCCGACUCGAGCAGAGGGUCCAGUCCCAAACUGCAGGAGGGGAACGUCUCAAAUGCCAAACACUACACAUCCUCAUCAGAGUCCAAGAACGAGAAUGCAGAGGUUCUGGACUCCUGGAAGCCACAGGUGAAUGGAGAGGUUCACACGGAUACUAGUGCAACCGUGGAAAGCUCACUUCCCUUGGAGAAUGGUUACAAAGAUGUGGCUCCUAACGGACCAUCAGAAUCUAAUCCAAAACGGCGACAGAGACGCCGGGCACCCCGUUCAGAUCCGUGCUACCCUAAUAAAGAGCUGGAUAGUGAUGAAUCUCAACUAUCCGUAUCAAGAAAACCAUCCCGGGCCAAGAGCCAACCACCAGGCAACACCAAGGAGCGGAUGUCCAGCCGUGACAACAGACGGUCUUUUAUCCAUUAUGACUGGGCAGAAAGGCACAUUGAGACCAGGGACAGAAGAACACCGAAUAUGAGAGCGUCUAUGUCCGCUGGAGAGAUUCAUCGGGCCGACGUGGGCGUCCAGACACGAAGAGAGGCUAAAAAAGGUGGAAGAUCAUCAGAGCACCGACGGGCACAGUCAGCUGACCCGGAGAAGUCCAGAAGAUCAGCACUGAGUGUGGCAGACGAGCGCUGGAUGACGGAGUACAUGCGCUGCUUCUCUGCUCGGCUGAGGUAGAGGCGGCUCCAGGAUGGAUUUGAUAUGAUGAGGCUGCAAGAAAAAGAUCCCAAACCAGCUCUACAGGACCAUUACAGAAGGCACUGGACAAUUGA